AUGACGGACGCACUUGCUGAGGCUACGGCCAAGCUGGUCCUCGACGAGGAGACCGGCGAGAUGGUCUCCAAGAACGAGCUCAAGAAGCGAACCCAGAAACGCGCCAAGAAGGCCGCCGCCGCCGCCGCAAAAGCAAACCAGGCCGCGAAGCCUGCGGCUCCGAAGCUGAAGGCCGAAGUUAAGCCCGUGGAGGAGACCCCGCUGGACCCUGAUGCCAUGUUCAAGCAGGGCUUCCUCGCCAAUGUCUUCCGCGAGCGCCCUAUGAAGCCCGUCGUCACUCGAUUCCCGCCUGAGCCGAACGGAUACCUACACUUGGGGCACUGCAAGGCCAUUGCCGUCAACUUCGGGUUUGCGCGACACCACGGAGGAGAGACGAUCCUUCGGUUUGACGACACGAACCCUGAAGCGGAGGAUGAGAAGUAUUUCACGGCCAUCGAGGAUAUUAUUCAGUGGCUUGGAUUCAAACCCGCUAGGAAAACCCACUCGAGCGACCACUUCCAGAAGCUCUACGACCACGCCGAAAAGCUUAUCCAGCUUGAGAAAGCCUACGUCUGCCACUGCAGCGAUACCGAGAUCAAGUUGCAGCGAGGUGGUGAGAACCACGGUGCGAGAUACCGGUGCAAGGACGCGGAGCAGGAUGUCGAGACGAACCUGAAGAAGUUCCGGGAUAUGAAGGACGGAAAAUACGAGCCCCAGACGGCGUUCUUGAGGAUGCGCCAGGAUAUCGAUAACCCCAAUCCUCAGAUGUGGGCAAGUAUGGCUUUCAACACGGAUCUUGCCGCCUACCGUGUCUUGAAGAAGGAGCACCACAAAGCGCCCGGCUGGGUCAUCUUCCCCACAUACGACUUCGCUCACUGUCUCUGCGAUAGCUACGAGGGCAUCACCCACAGUCUGUGCACAACCGAGUUCGUUUUGUCGCGCGAGAGUUACGAAUGGCUGAACUCGACCCUUGGUGUCUACGAGCCGAUGCAGCGCGAGUAUGGUCGAUUGAACGUCAGCGGAACAAUCAUGAGCAAGCGAGGGCUGAAGAAGCUGGUUGAUGGUGGCUAUGUCCGAGCGUGGGACGACCCUCGUCUGUACACUGUUAUUGCCCUCCGCCGUCGCGGUGUUCCGCCGGAGGCUAUUCUUUCGUUCGUCAACGAGCUCGGAGUGACCACCGCCAACUCCGUAAUUAACAUCGCUCGAUUCGAACAGUCCAUCCGUACCUACCUAGAGUCGCGCGUGCCCCGUCUCAUGCUUGUCCUCGACCCCGUUCCCGUUGUUAUUGAAGACUUUGAUACCCUGAGCGCAGACCAGCUCAACCUCGACAUCCCUUUCUCCCCCAAGGACCCUGCCAUGGGCUCGCACACCGUCGGCUUCACGAAGACUGUGUACAUCGAUCGCUCCGACUUCCGAGAGGAGGAUGCCAAGGGAUACUUCCGUCUUGCGCCCGGCAAGAGUGUCGGACUUUGGAAGUCCCCAUACCCCAUCAAGGCCACCACCUUCACCAAGGAUGCGGAUGGAAAGGUCACGGAAGUUCGCGCCGUUCUGGACAAGGACGGUGGAAAGCCGAAGACGUACAUUCACUGGGUCCCCGAGGGAUCGCGCAAGCUCGAGGUCCGCAUUCAUGACCAGCUGUUCAAAUCGGAUGAGCCUGCCGCUGUCGAGGGUGGCUUCCUCGCCGAUAUCAACCCGAACAGCGAGACCAUCUACACGGACGCGAUGAUCGAGUCUGGGUUUGACGAGGUGCGACGAAGGGCACCCUGGCCUGAGGCCGCGGGAGAGACGAGCGAGGGAACACCGCGACCGGAGACCGUUCGCUUCCAGGGCAUGAGGGUGGCCUACUUUGCCAUGGACUCGGACUCCACCGACAACCACGUCGUCCUCAACCGGAUCGUAUCUCUCAAACAGGAUACGGGCAAGGCGUAG